AUGACCUCUAAUCAAUCAAAAAAACGCGCAUACGAUGGCGCUUUUGAUAACACACCACCACCACCACCACCACAUCAACACCAAAAUCCUCUAACUACAUGGGCACACGCAAUUGUAGAUGCAACAAGUACUCUCUUCAAUUCUUGGAUCACCCCAUUAUCAUCACCUCCAUCCUCACAACCCUCUUCACAAUCUCCAACGCCACCUUCUAAACGAUUACGGAAAAUUGAAAUCCCAGGAUCAUAUCCAAUCUCUACUCAUCCAUCUCCACCUGUUUUGGCCCAGCAAAUCUUCCCUAAACCAUCACUACCAUCACUACCAUCACUACCAUCACCACCACCACCACAACAACAACCCUCACAACCCUCACAACCCUCACAACCCUCACCAACUAAACAAUCAAAAAAACAACUUACCCAAAUUAAUGAAAUAAAUUCACUUCCUUUAACAUAUACCCCAACAAAAUCUCUUGUCCUACCACAACCUCCUGCAGAUGCCCUCGUUCUUCACCCACCCCGUCUUUCAUGGGAACAAUCCAUAGACAUCACUGACCAACUGGCCACCGAGCGCUACUUCGAAACACUCCGCCGUGAGCGUCUUAUCCGUGGUAUUAGGCGUCACAAAUUACGCUACCCAUCCAGCUUAACUUCUCAAAUAUCUUCUCCAGCUCUAUCCCCCUCAACAACACCUUCAAAAUACCCUCCCACAACUCAGCAACGAUCUCCACUCUCCGGUGCUCUUCUCCCCACAAAAGUAGGUGGCGGUGCCAUUUUUUCACGUCCGGAAAAACUUGCCACCAGUUCUAACAAUGUUUUUUCUACCGCUCCACUUGCUGCGCGUGCAUUCCAGGUCGAUGAUCAUGCAUGGAUUCGUGAACAACAACUUCAACGACAACGCUACACUCCUCGCCAGAUCGAGGCGCCGGCUUACGCGUUUGAAUGGUAUUAUUCUAAGCCACCAAUCGAGCUUCCAGAAAAUGAACCUUCUGCUGCUAUUUUCGCACAAACAUACCUGCGAAUCAUUGAAAAACGUCAACGAGAACAGGCAGAAAUCGAUCGUCUGCGGCGUGAAGAAGAAGCAAACCGGGCACGACUUGAAGCUCAAGCUAAACGCGAAAAGGAAAAACAAGAACAAGAAGAAGCAGAACGUAAAUUAAAAGAAUUACAACGCGUUAAACCUCUCCCACAAGAUGCACGUAACCGUGUCCAAUGGGUGUGGCAACAACGCGACCCAGGACUUGUUCUCGCAGAUGCUUACCGUAUCUCGGUUUCAGUCCACGAUGCAUGCACACUACGACCCGGCGCGUGGCUAAAUGACAAUGUGAUUGAUUUUUAUCUUAGCAUGGUAACUGCUCGGUCAUCUUUACCUUCACUUUCACCUUCACCUUCACUUUCUACGGAUACUUUACUUCCCACUGUAUUUGCAUUCAGUACCCAUUUCUACUCGCGACUCCAGGAUGCUGGGUACCAAAGCGUGCGCCGCUGGGCUAAGCGUAAAGGUGUGGACGUUACCGCCGUCGAUUAUGUUUUUGUCCCUAUCAACCGUCACAAUACCCACUGGUGUCUUGCUGUAAUCAACAACCGAGCACAUACUUUUGAUUUUUAUGAUUCCAUGAAUGGUGCUGGUUCCCAAGCAUUGACCCACCUUACUGAAUAUAUGCACCAACAAACUCUCGAUACUCAUCCAGAAAUGAACCCUCCCCCAAGUGACUCUUAUACUCACCGCGACCGUGUGCCAUGUCCGCAACAGGAAAACGGUUUCGAUUGUGGUGUUUUUGUUUGCAAAAUGGUCGAGGUUCUUUCCCGUAACGGUAACCUCGCCAGCUUCUCCCAGCGUGACAUGCCUGAAUUGCGCCAACGAAUGCUCUACGAAAUCCUCACAAACAACUUCCUAGAUUAA